UUUCUGGCUCAGUCGCACAGUGGCGCGGUGACUGCCGGAAGCAAUUCCGCGGUGGUUGCCGGGAUCGUGCUGAUGUGGCCCCCCCUUCCCCCGCCCCGUCCCGGGAUGUCGGAAGAAACCCGACAGAGCAAAUUGGCUGCGGCCAAGAAAAAGUUAAGGGAAUAUCAGCAGAAGCACAGCCCUGGUGUUCCUGCAGGAGCUAAGAAAAAAAGAAAGAUCAAGAAUGGGAGUAGCCCUGAGACAACCACUUCUGGGGAUUGUCCCACACCUGAGGAUAUUCAGGACAUUCUGAAGGUGCUGGUGUCCGACCUUAACCGCUCCAAUGGGGUAGCGAUCCCCCCAUUGGACAAGUGGAAGGCACCUAAAGAUAGUGCAGAUCUUGUUACAUCGUCUGCUGAUGACACCGUGUCACCUGGCGGUGUCCUUUCCCCCUGUGCUAGUCCCCUCCGUGGCACUAGCAUGGCAACGACUCAGAACCAUGAUGCUGAAAAUGGUCCUGUUCCCAUUGAUGAAAACACAUCUUUCUCAUCCACCGAGAGCCUGCGACAGCUAUCUCAGCAGCUCAACGGUCUUGUGUCCGAGUCUUCACCUUAUAUCAAUGGGGAGGGCCUAGCAUCUCCUGCUAACAUAAAGAAGCUGGAGAGCCGGUACCACGAACUAUCACUAGCCCUGGACUCCAGCAAUCUAACAAACAAACAACUCAGUAGCAAGAUAGAGGAAUUGAAACAAGAGAACCAGGAAACUCUGGAUCAACUGGAAAAAGAAAAGAAGGAAUUUGAGCAGAAGCUUGCGAAGGAACAAGGGGCUCUGAGAGAACAGCUGCAGGUCCACAUCCAGACCAUCGGGAUUCUAGUGUCUGAGAAGACGGAACUGCAGACCGCCCUGGCUCACACCCAGCAGGCAGCCCGGCAAAAAGCAGGAGAGUCGGAGAAUCUGGCUAGUCGCCUGCAGUCUUCCAGGCAGCGCGUGGGCGAGCUGGAGCGGACGCUGUCUGCCGUGUCCACGCAGCAGAAGCAGGCCGAUAGGUACAACAAGGAAUUAACCAAAGAGCGAGACACCCUCAAGCUGGAAUUAUACAAGAACAACAAAAGCAAUGAGGACCUAAAGCAGCAGAAGUCGGAGCUGGAGGAGAAGCUGCGGCUCAUGGCGACAGAGAAGGCAGCCAUGCAGCUGGGGAUGGAGGAACUUCAGAAGAAACUGGAGAUGUCGGAGCUGCUGCUGCAGCAGUUUUCUACUCAGCCUACCCCUGACAGCAGCCAGCAGUUGCAGCAGGCCCUGGAGGAGCGGGCACAGCUGGAGACCUGUGUGGGGCAGCUGCAGGACUCGCUGAGGCAGCUGCAGGCAGAGAGAGACCAGUAUGUGGCGAAUCUGAAAGAAGACAGCACCGUUUGGCAGCAUAAGAUGCAGCAGAUGAAUGAGCAGCUGAACAAGCUGAGGGCAGAAAAAGAGCACAGCAUGAGUCAGGUGCAGGAGCUGGAGACCAGCUUGGCCGAACUGAGGAACCAGGCAGCGCCCCCAUCAGGGCCCUCGGAGACUGAACAGCGGCUGCAGGCAGAGGCUGAGCAGUUACAGAAGGAAGUGGAGAGCCUGGCCAGGCAGCUACAGGCGCAGGUGAAAGACAAUGAAAACCUGAGCCUCCUGAAUCAGGAGCAGGAGCAGCGGCUGAUGGAGCUGGAGCGGGCGGCCGAGUGCUGGGGGGAGCAGGCGGAGGAGCGCAAGCAGAUGCUGGAGAGCAUGCAGAGCGACCGCACCACCAUCAGCCGCGCGCUCACGCAGAACCGCAAACUCAAGGAGCAGCUGGCUGAGCUGCAGAACGGAUUCGUCAGGCUGUCCAACGAGAACAUGGAGAUUACCAGCGCGCUGCAUUCGGAGCAGCAUGUCAAGAAGGAGCUGGCCAAGAAGCUGGGCCAGCUGCAGGAGAACCUGGGAGAGCUGAAGGAGACGGUGGAGGUCAAGAGCCAAGAGGCACAGGAUCUGCAGCAGCAGCGAGACCAGUACCUAAGCCACCUACAGCAGUAUGUGGCCGCCUACCAGCAGCUGGCCGCCGAGAAGGAGCUGCUGCACAAGCAGAUGGUACUGCAGACCCAGCUCGUGGACCAGCUGCAGCACGAGGACAUGCAGGGCAGGAUGGCGGUGGAGACAGCCCGGCAAGAGUUACAGGAUGCCCAGGGGCGCCUGGAAGCUGCCAACCAGCAUAACCAGCAGCUACAGGCCCAGCUGAACCUCAUGGCUGUGCCUGGGGAAGGAACUGAGCUUGACAUUGAGGAUGAGGACAAGGCCGGGGAAGCUCCCCGGCCAAAGCUGAGCGUGCCAGAGGAGCUGGAUAGCCGAGAGGCCGUGGUGGAAUUUUUUAACUCGGCCUUAGCCAGUGCCGAGGAAGAGCAGGCACGACUCCGAAGGGAGCUGAAGGAGCAGAAGCUUCGCUGCCAACGCCUGGCUCACCUGGCAGCUCCAGCCCAAGAUGGGGUGGAGAAGGAGGCCCCAGCCCCCGGGACCGAGGGGGACAGUGUGUCAGCCCCCGGGACCGGGGGGGACAGUGUGUCAGCCCCCGGGACCGGGGGGGACAGUGUGUCAGCCCCCGGGACCGGGGGGGACAGUGUGUCAGCCCCCGGGACCGGGGGGGACAGUGUGCCUGUGGAGAUCCACCAGGCCCUCCAGGUGGCCAUGGACAAGCUGCAGGGCCGCUUUACUGAACUCAUGCAAGAGAAAGUGGAUCUGAAGGAGCGGGUAGAGGAACUGGAACAUCGCUGCAUCCAGCUGUCCGGAGAGACAGACACUAUCGGAGAGUACAUUGCUCUCUAUCAGAGCCAGAGGGCGGUGCUGAAGGAGCGGCACCGGGAGAAGGAGGAGUACAUUAGCCGGCUGGCUCAGGACAAAGAGGAAAUGAAGGUGAAGCUGCUGGAGCUCCAGGAGCUGGUGUUACACCUGGUGAGCGAGCGUAAUGAAUGGCAAGGCAAAUUCCUGGCUGCCCAGAACCCUGCUGGGGAGCCCACCAUGGCGCCCCCAGCCCCCCAGGAGCUUGGCGCUGCUGAGAACCAGGGUGGUCUCCUGGAGGUGAGCCUCUCGGACAAUGUGGAGCCCACCCAAGGGGAGGCCCUGCUGGGCCAGACCCUCACCGAGAACCCCACCGCGCAGCAGAUCAUGCAGCUGCUGCGCGAGAUCCAGAACCCCCAGGAGCGCCUAGGCUUGGGCAGCAACCCCUGCAUCCCCUUUUUCUACCGGGCUGACGACAACGACGAAGUGAAGAUCAUGGUGGUCUAAGUGCCUGAGGCUGGCAGGCAGAGACCAGAGAACUGGGGCCGGGGGCUCUGCCCCCACCCAUCCCCGCCACCCUGUCCCUCCUCCCUGCCCCUCCUUCCCAGUCACGUUGUCAUCCCUAGACUAGCAAGCUAACGCCCCUGGAAAGGGGAAUAAGCCCCCCCCUCUAAUGGGGGGAGACACAUAGGUGCAGACCCCUGGCCGUCUUGGCCAGGGCUGUGUCUUGAUCUCUGGACGAUUAAUAGUUCCAGAAAAACAAAGAGCCAGAGGCUCGAUAAAGACAGUUGAUUUAGGAGGCUGCCCUUCUCGGGGAGCAGGGGCUCCCUGGUAGCCUCUUCACUCCCAUCAAGCAGUCCUUCAUUAAGAGGGGCUUAUGCAUCCUCUAUUCAGAGGCACUUUGGGGCACAAGUGUCCCCCCCUGUCCAGCUAGACAACUGGGCAGCACUCUAAUAGGCCUUGGGAAGUUGGGGCAAACCGAGGCCAGGCAAGGACAUAAGCUGGUGGCGGAAUGGGCUCCCUCCCCAGUGUUUAUACUGUAACUGUGUAACAUUUUGUAUAUUCUGGAGGUAGAGCAGCCCCCUGUAUCACAGGGGAGGUCAGAGCUGGUAAAUGGGGAGGAGUUUCCAUUAAAUAUCUGGGGCUGGGGAAACUUAUUUAUUGAUAACGUAGGAUGGAGAGGAGGUGGAGGCGGGGACGGGUUUGUGCCCGGGUGAGUCGACUCCUGUUUCAUUUCACUUUUUAUUUCAGAAUAAAUGGAUUUAGCCAUA